GCUACUCUUAACGAUAUUCCUUGUCAAAAGCAUUUGUUAAAUCUUCCACGGUUUUUAAGAAUCAUGUCUCCUGAUCAGAUUGGUUUAGUUAUGGCUGGCCUCUUGUCCCUUGGUGGAGCUAAGGGUUACUUCAGCAAGGGAAGCAAAGCUUCUCUCAUCGCAGGUGUUGGUCUUGGCGGUCUUUAUAUGUAUUCCUCAAGACUCAUGAACACCAAUUCUCCUAAUGGUGUUCCUCUUGCCUUGGCUGCAUCAGCCUUAUUGCUUGCGUCUAGUGUUCCUCGUUUAGCGAAGACUAGAAAGCCUCUUCCUUUAAUGCUCACUGUUCUCGGUGCUGCCUCUACAGCCUACUACUAUAGACAAUGGGUAUAAAUGUUAUUGUUCACAUUUCUUAUAUCAAUAUAUGUAUGUUGAUGCAAUAAAAGGCUUGUUUGAUAUUUCUAUUUUCUACGGUUCAUUUCAUCAGUUCAAGUUAGUAAUAUCAUUCAGCGCAUAAAAAGUACAGUG